AUGACCGGACCAAAACUUGACUUUGGGGGAUUUCCUAUCCCAUGGACACCUACGAACCGUCCUGAAGAUGAGACAAACAUGAAUCCCUACAGGAAGCAGACUAGAAACACUAGUAGACUUCCCGUGGGCUGGAAAUUUGCGGAGGGCAGGCGUGCCCUCCACGAAGAAACUCUCUUUGAUGAAGUGGUCGAGAUUCCGCUUAGAGACGGAGUGAAGAUCUACUGUGACAUUUUCAGGCCAGUCACAGAUACCAAAAUCCCGGCCAUAUUGGCCGUGAGCCCGUACGGUAAAUAUGGACACGGAUUCCGCAUCUUUGACAAUAUUCCUUUCCGACUCGGACUACCAGAGAGCGCCACAUCUGGUCUAGAGAAAUUUGAAGGCCCCGAUCCUGCCGAGUGGUGCCCUCGGGGCUAUGCAAUUGUCAAUGUAGACAUACGUGGCACUUGGGAUAGUGAAGGUGAUCUUUAUAUCGAGGGAAGCCAGAUGGGUUUGGACGGCUAUGACACGGUCGAAUUCAUCGCAUCUCAGCCUUGGUGCAAUGGUUCUGUUAGCAUGUGUGGGAAUUCCUGGCUAGCAACGGAGCAGUGGGCAACCGCUAUCGAGAGACCACCGUCACUCAAGUGCAUAGCGCCCUGGGAAGGAUUCACGGAUAAGUAUCGCGACUUGAUCUGUCGCGGUGGUGUUCCUAAGGGCAACUUUGCUUCAUUCAUCUUCAACAAAACGAUUCGUGGCCGCAAUCGUCGUGAGGACAUUGGCGAAGCGCUCAAUAAAUGGCCCCUUUUUAAUGGCUACUGGGAGGAUAAAGUCUACGACACCAGUGGUCUGACUCUACCGAUCUACGCACUUGCUAGCUAUUCUUCGGGAAAUCAUGGAUCUGGUACCGUGAGAGGCUGGGACCGGGCCGCUUCGAAAGAUAAAUGGAUCCGCUUUCAUCCGACACAGGAGUGGUUUGAUCUUUACACACCUAGGUACAUUGACGACCUGCAGCGGUUCUUUGAUCGGUACAUGAUGAACAUUGACAAUGGGUGGGAGAAAACUCCCAGGGCUAGGGUGUCCAUUCUCACGUAUGGGAAUCGUUUUGAGCCUGGACCGAAAUGGGACGUGCCAUUCGCUGACUACCCAGUUCCGUCGACCGAGUAUCGUAAACUCUACCUUCAGGGCUCUGGGAAGUUGGCCACCUCACCGGAAGCCAACGAGAGCUUCAUCGCCCAUCACGUGAACAGCUACCAAGCAAAACCGUCUGAAUUUGUGCUCAUCCUCGACAAAGCGACCACUCUUGUUGGUCAUUCAAAGGCGGAACUUUGGAUGUCUUGCAAAGACAAGGACGACAUGGAUGUCUAUGUGUCUAUCCGCAAGCUGAGCAAGAGCGGCGAAGUGUUAGAACACGUGAAUGUUCCCUGGGAAUCUCUGCCGGAAGGGAUAAACACGCAACACGAUGUUCCGAUGGCACAGACUGUCAAGUAUACCGGACCGACAGGCAUUCUCCGGGCUUCGCAUCGCGCCCAGGUUCCGGAACGGAGCACUGCCAUGAUUCCCUACCACCCACAUGACAAGGAAGAAAAGGUACACCCAGGCGAAGUCGUCAAGCUCGAAAUUUCUCUUUGGCCUAUGGGCAUCCACUUCGAAGCCGGGGAGAGUCUACUAUUCCGCGUCCAAGGCUUCAUUGAUACGAGCUCGGAUUUCCCCAGCCACAUCGAGAAGAAACUCGACAAUCUGAAUGAAGGGCGGCAUACAAUCCACUUCGGUGGGAAGUAUGACUCAAAGGUCAUCGUGCCUGUUAUUACACUACCAGCACAAUAG